AGGACAUUGUGGUGAAGCUAUCCACAAGCAACCAGGGCUCAGCGCUCGCCUCACCGGAGAAACCGCUGCGUGAUCUUAAAAUGCGCAGUCCCAUUCAAGGGCAUGAGACUACGGAUGAGGAAGUAAAUGCCAAUCGGUUCAAAAGGGCACCGCCAAGGGACGGUAUGCAAGGUAUAACAGGAAGUGCAACGCAGUCGAGCGAUGAUAAGGACAACCAGGACGAUAGUGUGCUGGUGGGUGCUGGUGGUGCACCCAUCGGAGGGGCUCCAUUGUCUCUGGCAUCGUUUGGUGACAGCAAAGACUCCAACUCGCCGUCGCCUCUGGCAGAUGCCAUGAGUCAGAUCUCUGAUAUGGUCAUGCCAGUGGGUGGGGGCCUGGAAGUCGUGAAGCAGGUGGUGAUAGACGCCGCACACGCGUUUACCAACACUCAGGACGACACACAGAAGGAUGGGGCGGACAUACAAACUCAGCCAACCGAUGCGACUGCGCGAGUGGGUGAGGAAGAGCCUGUGUGUACUACGACCACUGAGGCAGGACAGGCCAAUGGCCAGGUGGUGGCGCAGGUGCCUGUGCCUGGGCCUGGGCAAGGAGACAGGGCAGCAGACACCUCCAGCGACUACCAGUCGCCUGAAGCGGCUGACGGUGAUGUAGAGGCGAAGGAGAAGGAGGAUGAGCCCACGUCAUCCAAUGAGAACACCGCGAUUGACGCGAAGGAAGCCUCGUCCAAUGAAAAUGCAGACAAUGCAUCGGACGCUGCCGAGCUGGUGCUGACUCAACUCGCCGGUCUGGUGGGUGCUGCGGCAGUGCCUAUCAGGCGCAUGUCACGCAAACUCACGCCAGCGCAGACAUUCACACCCCCACCGUACUUGCCUGGAGGCCCAAAGGGCACGGACACCCAUCCCGCUAUGAACCCCACAGGGAAUACCGGGACCGAUACACUCCAGAGGAGUCAGUCCAGGGGACGUUCGAUCACCCCACAGUCGAUAUUCGCUCCGCCGCCCUUCUUCCCAGGCCAACAGAAGCCGCAGCCACUCAGUAGAAAUGCGUCCACCAUCAGCCGCACCUCCACGGGCCCAUCGCCCAGUCGUAGCUCCUCGAACAAGCCAGCCACCCCAUUUGUGCCACCCCCAUUCAUGCCUAGUGCGGGUGCUGCGGGCUUAACCGCCCUCGGCGCAGCGCCAGUACAGCCGACAAAGGACCUUCCCGCAAGCACAGGCGUUGCUAAGCAACGAGGUACAUCCCCGGGGCCAAAGACCAAAUCUGCACCUCCUCCCAUAAUGCCUGCGGCUGCUGCUGUGGUUGUGGUUGGGUCGUCGGUGGCUGCAGCACGAGAAGAGGACGAAGCAAAGAAAACGGACGAAGACAAAGUGGAGCAGAAGGAAGACACUGCUCAAGCUACCGGGCAGCCUGAGAGGGCCGCACCCCCUCCUCGACCCCCUGCUCCCAUUGUGGCUGCACCAAGUGAGACUGCACCUGUAGAACGCACCCCUGGGCCCAACGGUGCGCCUCCCCCAAGGCCGGCUGCCCCGCCCAUCGAGCAUCCGCACACACAGGAUAUUGAGCCCAAAAGGCAGGACGAGGUGCAGGACGAAGCCAAGGCCAUUGAUGCCGAGCUUGCCAAGGCGGAGGAGAAGGAGGCUGAGGCUGAGGCUAGUGAAGUGGUUGACUCAGGUGCACCCCCGGCACGCCCCUCGGCAGGCCCAGCACACGCAGCAGCACACAGAGCAUCGCAUGGUUCAAGGGAGGACAGUGAAGAAAACCCUAACGAAACACACGCAGGCGAGACUCAUGAACCAGGACAGGCCAUGGACGGGGCAGACGAGACGGUAGCACUCGACGACCAGUCCGAAAAGGACAGGGCAGGUGCACUAGAGACACCCACGCCUGUACAGGACGACCACAAGGCUGUGCAGGAAACCAUGGACAGUGUCAGCGCACCCCACGACGGCUGGAGUGUGCCGCAGAUCGAAGAGAGAGCGGCAGACGACCUCACCGCCGCCGCUGAGGGCAUGCAGGGCACGGAACAGGUGUUUGCAGAAGGAGACGGAGACAUGGAUCCCGGUAUGAAGGAGGUCGAUACCGGGACCGAGCAUGCUGUAGAUGCCGAGGAGGAAGACGAGGAUGCCAAGGAGACUGCGGCUGCUGCGGCGGCGGUAGCGGCUGCUGCUGCGGCGGCGGCGGCUAUUAUAGUAGCAGAGGAGCAGAGUAAGGAUGUAGGUGUGUCUAAGGAGGUAGACGUAAGCGAACAAGACACGAAGCUGGGUACGGAGCAGCGUGCGGCGGAGGCGGAUGUGUUGCAGCCUGUACCGUCCAUCACACUUACCAAUGAGCGAAGUGAAGCGAUGGGCGAAGUCACUGACGAUGUAGAGCAAGCCAACGCAACGGGUGCAACUGAGUCCACCCCACCCCAGGACUUGGACGGCCCUAUUCCCGUUGCUGCGGCAGAGGGCAGUGACACCGUGGGUGACGCAGACGCGGCUGCGGGUAAGGCCAACGGCGUGGGGACUGGACUGCAAAGCCCAGAGGCAACCCACACAAAGUCACCCAGAAGUAUCAGCCCAGACACGACGGAGACUGGGGCUGUGGUGGGGCUGAGCGAUCAUAGCGAAGGGGACGAGGAGUGGCACGAUACCAACGCACGCCUGGGCAACAAGCGCAGCAGCACCAACUCGUGUGUCAGCAACAACGACAGCAUUAUAUCGGGGAUUAGCAUGUACGCCACCGCUGAGGAGGACAACGGCGACAGCGAGUAUGAGGAAGCACCUCUGCCAGAACACUCUACGCCCGACACCCGCGCAGAUGUCAUGAAGUCACAGGAGAGCAUGACUGUGGAGGAUAAGCCGCCCUCGCGACCACAGUCAAGGCCCACGUCCAAGGUCAUAGCCAGUGCCACAGACGACGGGAAGGAGACGGAGCCUGUGGAUAAGAACGUGGCAAAGGGCAAUGAGAUGAAGCCAUCCAUCGUACAGACAGCGGUGGGCAACAACGUGCCAUCGGAGGACGUGUACGACUGGGAGGGCGGCGACGAGAAGCCCAAGAAGAAGGGCAUGAGCAAGGCUAUCAGCGCAUCUAAGCUCAAGGGUAUCAUGGGCAAGCUCACGGGCAAGAAGCCCAAAAAACAAGAGGCCUAAAGCCCGCAGCUGAAAUGGCCAGGCGUGGACGACGCACACUCGUUGAGGGGUGGAUGGGCGUCGGAGAGUACUGGCACGGGUAAAGAUCGUAUAACAUAUACCGACGAGGGAGGGUAACAUAUCUAACGGAUACUAUCAUACCUGCAAUGGGUACAAUCUUAAGGAUUAGAUGCGUACUUGAGUGUGUGGCUGGCGUACAGGUGAUAUUGGAGUCACUUCAGCACCGUGUGGCACAUUGACGGUGACGUGCAGAAGGUGCACAUCAAAGCCAUAGCAACCACAGACCGCCAAUUGCAAACUCCGUAAUGGCCUCUACUCAGCAUGGGCAUAGCCUACCACGAACGCUAUGAUAAUAUCGCAGAAAUAUCAGGAAACCGUCGUGGCUGUAUGUUUGUGUGGGAAUCGAGCUGCGGUGGCGUUCUCAUUGUCAUGCGAGAGCCUGAUACGAUUAGCAUACCGUGAGUGCAAGCACAAGGGCAUGAAGCGUAUGGUAUACAUGUCCCUAUCAAGCUACUGGCUUGUCGUACAACUCACGGUACCAACCCCUCAGACCGCCUCGCGCUUUCGAGUUCUCUCUCGAGUGCUGUCAGUGCCAUACAGCUCGCCUUGAAUCACGCACACGUAGCCGAAAGUGUUAUGGGCGUUUGCCGAAGGCCACAGUGUACUGCAAUGUAAUGGGCUUAUUUAGACUUGGCGUAUCCACCGGCUGCCGUUUCUGGCAGCGUGUGAGCGAGCUAUCUUCUGGGUUGAGUCGCUGCAUCGAAAGUGGCUGGGUCUGUCUUUGCGCACACUGAGCAUGCCGCAUACAACGCGUUUCAGAUGUGUAUAUACUGCCAGAUUAAUCCAUGCCAUGUAUACCCAUUGCGAUUGCGAAGUGGGGCUGUGUGUUAAGAAUGGGCUUAAAGUGCAAGUCUGUUUGCCACGCGCAUGGGUGUGCGCAUGGGGAAAGGCGGGCAACAGGCGGUAGAGCGAACGAAGUGUAAGCGUGCAUAUCUCAGCCGCAUAUAUAAGAUAAUAAAAAUAUAUAGGAUAAC